AUGGCAUCGCAGUACGCUGAAAGCGUGCGACAAUUUGCCAAGAAUGUUCCCGGAGAUAUGUGUAACGUCCUCGAUUUGCUCUCCAGGAAAGAACGCUACGAAACCAGAGUCUUCUAUACAAACUCGAAUACGGCAGGGCAUGGAGAUGUCUGUCGAUUGACGGCAACAAAACUCAUCAACAGGGUACGGGAUGACCAGAAGCAAGGCCUUAGAGCCGUUUGCGUUAUCGAGAACAUUUCACCGGCAUUCAUAGAAGAGCUUGGGACGACAUGGCGGGUCCAUCCGCUGUUCUUUGCCAAUCAUGCUAUGAAUCCCGCCAAAGACCGCCUUUGGGAUCGUGUAGAGUGGAAGCAUGGCGAUAAGAUAGAGCACUCACUGGAUGAAUACCAACAUUUGAAUGGGAUAUUCGAGUACUACGACACGAAGAUAUCGAUCCCUGAUUUAACAAACCUGUCCAAGAACUAUUGCUCUCGGUAUAUCUUCAAAGAUGAUCCCUGGCCAGUCAAUUCCAACAUAAGGAUCUCAUAUUGCCGGCCGCUACCUGAGUUGUAUCUGUUUCUUGUCGACCCUCCUAUUGAUGGCCACCGCGCAUUCCACGUAGGAAACGAUGUGCAAGCCCAAAUUAUACUAAGAUUCCCAUAUUCCACAAACCGCGGCGGGCUAUUGUUGCCAUCACUAAGGGCCAAAAGGAUGUGCGUUCCAAUGGACGCGCUUAAGAAUGCCUUUGAUCACCAAUGGCAAAUCGAUCUCUUGUUCUCUGAACCUGGCCUGUUUCCUAGGAUUCCCUUGCUUUACAUGCUGUCCAGCUCUUUAUGGGAGACGAAUCUUAGGGGUCUUCAUGCCGACAUUCAAGACAUCAGUUUCAACCGGAUACGGAAGCCGAAUCUGAAAAUCAGUGACGAUUUGCACGAUCUUCGAAGAGAGCUCUCCACGAUGAUGGAUACUAUGACGGAGACGCAGCGUUUCGCGCCGGACCCAGUCGCCAUUUUCUUCAACGAGUUGCGGGAGCAAAAUCGAACCCUAAAAGGCAACCUUAAUAUGAGACUGACGCCGAUUGAAAUCCACGACCAGCUACUAGGAAGAGCAGGUCAACUUCACAUCUUCUUCAUGGAAACACUUCAAUUACUCAUGAAUACGAUUGCUAUUCGAGAUAGUCAGGAGAAUUUGAAGCAAACGCGACAAAGCGUACUUCUGACGAGGCUGGCAGCGAUUUACCUUCCACUCUCCUUGACCACAGCAGUUUUCGGGAUGAAUCUGAGUGAGAUGACUGGUUCGGGACCGGCGGUCUGGGUCUUCGUGGUUACGCUUGUCAUAAUGAUCCUAGUGACAGCCGCAAUACUGCGGUCUGAAGGGUUCUACAACCGGUUCAGUGAACUGUUCCAUCAACCAGCCUCAAAGCCAUCGGAACAGCGCUAG